AUGAACUUUCUUCACCCUAAACCACCCGCCGCCACCACCACCCAUGACAAACACAGCCAACUACCACCACCACCACCACAUACUACCACCAACACCCAUGACAAACACAGCCAACUACCACCACCACCACCACAUACUACCACCAACACCCAUGACAAACACUGCCAACCACCACCAACUACUACCACCAACACCCAUGACAAACACUGCCAACCGCCACCACCACCUGCCUCCACAACCACCACCAGCACCACCUGUCACCGCCAACCACCACCACCACCCGCUACCAUCCACCACCAACACCACCUACCAUAA